UACCAGCUAGAGAGCUGGGAAGAAGCUGGAGAACGUCUCAUGUACUUGGAGAUCAAGAUCAUGAGCAGUAAGAUGCAGUUAGAUACUAGAAAGGAGGACGAUCAUGGUGAUGAAGUUCCACUGCCUGGAUUUAGGUUUCAUCCAACAGAUGAAGAACUGGUUGGCUUUUAUCUUCGUCGGAAGGUCGAGAAGAAACCAAUACGUCUUGAACUCAUCAAACAAAUCGAUAUCUACAAAUACGAUCCCUGGAAUCUUCCAAAAGCUGCUGGAAGUACUGCAAAAGACACGGAGUGGUACUUCUUUUGCAAAAGGGGGAGAAAGUAUAGGAACAGCAUACGACCCAACAGAGUAACAGGGUCUGGAUUUUGGAAAGCAACAGGCAUCGACAAACACGUCUACUCAGCGAAAGGAUCAGCAGAUCGUCAAAGCCAUCAUGUCUGCAUUGGCCUCAAGAAAACAUUAGUAUACUACCGCGGAAGUGCAGGAAAAGGAACCAAAACUGACUGGAUGAUGCAUGAGUUUCGCCUUCCAGCUGAUCAUGACACCAACACCAACCUUUCGAAUGCUAAAAGUACUGCACCAGAAGCUGAAAUCUGGACACUUUGUCGGAUUUUCGAGCGUAAUGUGUCGCAUAGGAAGUACACGCCGGACUGGAGAGCGUUAUCUGCUAAACGUCCUACAGCUACUUACUCAAGCUCUGAAGCAUGCAGUUUGGAGUCCAACAAUCGAGAAGGUUACAUUACUUUUGGCAGUAGUACUACUCCGUUCGUCAAUUAUAAUGAUCAUGAACAUAAUGAAAGAAAGCCUGUUGUUAAUCAUAAUGUUGAUGAGAUUUGGAACCAGUUGCAUGUUGGCCAGUUGAGCGCGACGGCGCCGGUGGCUCAUGAACGCCCUCCAUCAUCUUCAGGCUUUCCAAUUGGAAGUCCGGAUCGACCGGAUGAGAAUUAUCAUGCGUUGUUUGAUUGUGGGAAUUGGGAUGAUGAGCUCAGAUCAGUUGUAGAGUUUGCUCUUAAUCCAUCCAGUAUGUAAAUAUUUUUAUGUAAUUAUAAAGCAUGUUGAAUAUGGAUUUAUAUA